UGACUCAUGCACAUUCAUACCAAUUUGUAGCAAUUAAGUACAUUACUUCCUGGUGGAUGCAAGAACAUUGUUGCUAUUGUUGUUUUUGUUGUUGUUUUGGAGGUUUUUUCUCUUCUUUUUUUUUUUCUUUUUUUAGUUUAUUUUUUUUUUUUUUUUUUUAUAUAUAUUUUUUUUUUAUAUUUGGUGUGUUGUUUUAUUUUUGGCAGGUGUAACUUAUGUGACUGUAGUGGGGGUUUUAAAAAUUCUCUACCGAUAUAGACUCAAUGUUACAGCAAAUUAAAGCUGGACUGAUUCUUUCGCAUUUUAAACGUUAGUCACAUAAAGGAUGAAACUAAAUGAGGUUUAUUUUGGUUCAUUUUCAGAUUAUUGAGAAACGUCGUCGAGAUCGAAUCAACAACAGUUUGACAGAAUUAAGAAGACUGGUGCCGUCUGCCUUUGAAAAACAGGGUUCCGCUAAGUUGGAGAAGGCGGAGAUUCUGCAGAUGACCGUGGAUCAUUUGAAGAUGCUACACCAAAAAGGUUUGAACAGCUACAACUUUGAUCCGCACUCGCUGGCUAUGGACUACAGAAGUGUCGGCUUUCGGGAGUGUGCGUCAGAAAUCGCUCGCUACCUUGUGGCCGUUGAGGGCAUGGAUCUCCAGGAUCCUCUUCGAUUGCGUCUACUGGGACACCUCCAGUGUUACUCCGCCCAACGGGAAGCCGCAACCAAAGCCUCCAUACAGACGUCGGCGUGGCCCCCUAUGCCACCCCACGGCGGGUUCAACGGCCAGUACAACACCAACAAUAUGUCAUCCAUUGGAGGAAUGAUCACGUCACAGCACGUCGGCCAAUCAGAACAGAUGUCUUCCAUGACGGGACAUUCGGUUGCCUCCGGAGUUUCUUCGGCGGUUUCGUUCGGAGAGUCUCGGCUGAGCCAGUCGGAAAGUUCGACGUCGUCGAUUCACGGACAUAUGCGACUGCCUGCGACCGGAAACAUGCAGGUGCCGUCAAUAAACUCGUCCAGUUCUCAGGUGUCUCAGAUUUCGCCGCCAAUGUUGUCGUCACUUCCACAGAUGCAUUCGCAGUUUCCCGUGGGACUGAACGUGUCUUCGGUGCCUUCCGUAAUGUCUCCGAACAAUGGGUCGAGUUACAAUAACGCCGUCCUCAACCAAUAUCAGUCAGUGAAGCCAUAUCGCCCCUGGGGUUCCGAGAUGGUGUACUAAACAGCAACUCUGACUAAACAUUUUGUGACAGACAUACUCAGUCUGACUGUGCUAUUUAAAUUCGUCAAAUUUACAGUGCAAUAUUUUACACCAACGUAUAUUCUUUAACUUUCUGCUCAAAAUUAUGGAUUUUUGUUUCUGUGCCAUAACAGACAUAUUUUAUGGAGAGAGGGAAAAAAAAGUUGCACAGUUAAACGUUAGCUGUGAAGUCACACAAACAUUAGUAACAUGAUGUGGUUACAUUAUUUCUGAAUUUGCAUUAUAUUUUGUCUGCUGCACAACUAAAUAAUAUGAAUCGAUUUGAAUCGAUGUGAUCAUGAUUGUAGUAACGAAUGUAUGCAAUUUUAGAAUAUCACGUUUUUUUUAAUACUUGUUCAAUUUCAUUGGUUGGGGUGGGUGGAGAUGGUUGGGGACGGGGGUGUAAAAUUGAGGAACUUCAAAUAAUCAACAACCUUAAAUAGUGUUGUCUAACGCAAAUGCCGUGUUGUCCACUGGAAGCAGUAAUCAUUAAUCGUAACAAAAGAGUGUAAGAAUUAUAUCCGAGGUCGUAUGUGGGUACAUAACAGAAUUCAAUGGACGUUUGUAAAUCAUUUACAUGUAAUGCAUUUGAUGCAUAUUUUGUCGUGUUUGAAACUCCUUGAUUCCCUUAUUGUGACAUUACCCACCCGACAAAAAAGUGAACAAUCCCCCCCCCCCCCCCAUUUUUUUUAUUUAUGAUCCCCAGCAUUUUGUGACCAUGUUAAGUUAACCAGGUAUGUCUAAAACUAUGUACAGUGUGCAAAGCAGUGCUUAAAAACUUCUUUUUUUUAUAUUAAGUAUUCUAUAAACAUUUCUAUUUGGUAGAAUAGAUUUUCCUACUUAUAGGGGUUUUUUGGGUGGUGUUUUUGUUUCUGUUUUUUUUUUCCAUCAUCGUGCUAAACACAAAUGUCAUGCCAGAAUAAAAUGUGUGAGGUAUGUUAUUACAGAUAAUAUGAAUUUCGUAACAAUCUGAACAGAGGCGUGUGGGCUCCCAUUUGUUUAGGGUGUAAGGCUGGCUUUUGCCCGAAUUAAAAGAAAACGCCCGAGUCUAGAUAACAACAUUUAUUCAUGUCCGCAUUACCACUAAACAGCUAUGUAGGGAUGCAAACGAAUCACUACGCAUUUUUACAUGGAUUACAACUAAUGUUGAGGAUAGAAUGAUGGAAAUACAUGGUAAAAAGGUUUCAGGUUAGCACAUUUUGCACGAACAUCUCUAUCAUUUUUGCUCGAAUUUGAUGUUUGCUCCAACACGGGGGGGGGGGGGGGCAGUUGCCCCCUCCCCCUGUCUCGUACGCUUAUGAUUCUGACAAAAGUGCCACCUUCCCUAAGUUCAUUCAGCGAUCAUUUCGAAAAAUUUCGCGAAGUAUUUGAUUGGUUCCCGACGUGACCCUUUGGCUUGACGUGAAGUGCAUAAACCAGUCUAGCGGACGUUUUGUUAUUUGCUUUGUUUGGCUGAACGCAGCCCAUGUGUUUCCUUCGAACUGUUUUUGAUUCAGUAUUAGUAACAUUAUUUUUUGCUGGGGUGGGUGCUGGUAUAACAUGUAUCAUAUUGUAGGUUGAGUAAUGUUUACGUCAGCCUCGACAUCUUGCCAUCAGAAACUUCAAAGUAUUACUUAUGGCCAGUGUAUGGAUAUCGACAAAAUCAAAAUUAUAUUUUUGGAAUGUUUUCACUGCUAGUCUUUGUAACAAUAUGCAAUUUACGUAGAUUAGCAUAGAUUUUCUAAUAUUUAUUGAAUAUACUUUAUAUUAAUUUCAGUGCUAUAUGUGAGUAAACUUUGACCCAUUCAAACUAUUUGCAGGCACGGUGGAAGCAAGUAGACAUGUGGGGAGGGGGCGGGGGGGGGGGGGGGUGUGUGACUGAGAUGGAAGGCGUAAAGCAAAGUUUCUAGGGGGUUCAGAGGGUAUGGUUUUCCGUAAAAUGUCCAGAAAUGCAAUUUCCUGCAUUCUACAAGUAAAAUCCAUGUCUGCCUUAAGAUUUACUGCCAAUAAUGUUUGUGAUUCAGAAUUGCCCCGCCGUGCCUGUUUUUCACUUAAACGCAUGUAAUUGUGUGUUUGUGUGUAUUUUACAAUGUUUAAACACCUGCGUUUAACAGACAGAGGCGUUGCAAAUUCGACCUUCGUAAAUUUUGAUGAUGGAACAAAAUGUAAAAAAUUUAAUUUGUUCUAAAUUAUUAUCCCAGGGUAAAUUUCAUCAACAUUUUAAAUCCUAUAUUUGCGUGUUCGUGGGAUGUUUGCAACAUAGCAAGCUGCUGGUCAUGGUUCAGAUGUUUAACUGGCACGUUAAGGACAAACUGUUGUAAUGUACGCCUGUCGUGGGCGCAAGUGUUGACAUACGCCAACUCUUCCAUCCAGGACAGAGAAAUAAAAAGGAGGGGGCAAGCAGGGCCGUAGCUAGGAUUUUUUGUUUGGAGGGGGGGGGGGGGGGAGGGGCAACAGUAGUUAAUAGUCUAAAACUCCUUUUCUUUAAGUUUCUAUAAUGCUUUCUAAAAAACUUCCCCAUGCUAGUUAAAAUGAUAGGGUGGGGGGUGGGGCUCCCCAAGAAAGAAAAUGGGUUAGGUUUAGAAAAUCAUACAGUAAUGAUAAAGAGUAAUUAGUUUGGUGAAAAGUUCAAAAAUAAAAUCUGACAAAACAUUUGAGUAUGGCGUCAUACCCAUGUUACCCUCUGACAGAAACUCUGUUGAUUAGCCAAUCGCAGUCACAUGGUACUGAUGGUGCAGUUUUUCUUGCAAUCGUGUUUGAUGCUUGUUUGCUUAAAGCAUGGCGCUAACGGUGUAUCGGCCAAUCAGUGUAGGCAAUCUAAAGCGGAUACUAUUUUGUAUCCAUGUGUUCGAUUGGACAGUUACGACCUGGUGUAAAUUGUUGAUUGGUCAGUCAUAGAAUCUGAAAUUCGUUUACUGCAGAAUUAGCUAAAGCAUUUUUGUGGAAAAGACAAAAUGAUUGUGUACAAUAAUCUAUAGGUAUCUACACAAGUGAAAUAUUGUGAAUAGUAUUUGAAUUUUUCAACAAAAGUGUGUUGAUAAACAAUCUAUGCAAAAACAAAAUGUAAUUAUGCAAUUUACUUAGAUUAAUAUAUAUAUUUACACUUAUUUAUUGAACACAUUUACA